AUGUCAACAAUAUCUGUUCUUCAGUCCCGCCUCAAAGAGCUGUCAACAGCUCUCGCUCAAAUAUACCCACUUGUUACUCGACUACACAAUUUUACCACAGCAGUCGGGCAAGGAGAUGAAGCUAGGACAGAACUCAGCGCGGAAAUCCACUCUCGACUGAAGGAGGCCGAGGAUGAUCUAGAAUUGCUAAAGGUCGACGUGGAUGCUUUGGAGACACCGGCGGAUAGCAGACGCAAAGGACAGGACUCCGAAAAGGAAACAGAGAGAGAGCGGGUUAUUGCUCUAGCACGGAGAUUGAGUAGUGAACUGAAACGAACGAGAGGAGAUUUCCGCAACGCACAGUUACAAGCAAAGCGCAAUGCGGAGCUUGCACGGCGGAAGGAAAGGGAGCUGCUCUUUUCUGGACCCGAGGGUGCUGUUGAGAAACGAAACCAGACCAAGGAGAAGUUGACGCAGGAUGAUAUCGUCAAGAAUGCGUCGAGGGAUGUUACGGCGGCACUGAGGCGGACGCAUCAACUUAUGCAAGCAGAGUUGUCGCGGAGUCAAUUUGCCCAACAGACUCUAGAACAAUCAAGUGCCGCUCUUUCUACGCUCUCGGAGUCGUAUAGCGGUCUCGACACAUUACUCACAUCUUCGCGGAACCUUGUCGGGUCUCUUCUUCGUUCACAGAAAUCAGAUACGUGGUAUUUGGAGACAGCAUUCUACAUCCUGGUCGGCACAAUCUCGUGGUUGGUAUUUCGACGGCUACUCUAUGGGCCGCUCUGGUGGUUAGUGUGGCUGCCCUUCAAGCUUAUACUGCGCUCCGUUUUUGGGGUUUCAGCAGCAGUGGGGAUAGCCAGCAACGCCGUUCAGCCUUCAGCAACUACAGCAACGCCCGACAUUCUAGCCCAAGCGACACCUGUCCUGGAUCAUAUCCCACAAGCUAAGGCUCAUGGCGUUGCAGGAGAUAUUAUUCCUGACCAGGUUCCAGGCACGGACCCGGCAGACCGCGACUGGAUAAUUGACAAAAUUGGCGAGUUUGUGGAAGAAAACGAUGAGGAGUUGGGGACGAAUCUUGACGACUUCUCGCCGGAGGAGCUGCAGAGGCAGGCGGAGAUUCCGCCUAAUACGAAGAAGAGGAUGUAUGAAGCAACCGAGGUCUUGCAGAACCGAAAGGAUGAACUAUAG